CAUUGUCAAAUGUGUCUAUUAUUCAAAAUUUGCACAACUAUUUUGUGUUUCGUAUUUUUGUGAUAUUCACAUUUUUUUAUUAAAAUGGCUGUGUUUAAUCCCUUCGAUCCCUUAAAAAAUGUUACACCGCGGUUUACAGAAGAACAACUAAACGAAAUAAUAGAUUUUUUUGAUGAGAAAGCCCAACCUUUAUUAACUAUAGAUGAUGGAGAACCUAUUAACGUAAUAUCUAUUGAAACUUUUAUAGAAUUCCUGGGAUUGAAAAAAUAUCAUAGAAGACAUUUCAAUUACCCUACGUAUAAGGAAAUCAUGGCUGACGCAGAACUUUUGAGGGCUGGAGUGACUAGAGUAUUGACAAAGGAGCAAGUUAUUUACAUGUUAGAUAAACGAGUUACAGAAGCAGAAAUAAAACAUGAAUUACUUUUGGCUUUUCAAGUUUUUGACACUGAAAACAGAAAUUUUCUAGAGCUUGGAGAAUUAGAAUCGAUAGUUACUAGAUACGGAGAUGCUUUCAAUAGAGACGAAACUAUAGAAAUGAUGCGUGAUGCGAAUGUACGUGGCGAUGGAAACAUAGUUUAUGAGAACUUCGUUGAAAGUUUAUUUGCCAUGGCACCAGAACUCUACGAAAUACCGACUGAUUUUCUUUAUACUGAUCCCGAUGAAGAUCCCUCAGUCCCGCCACUUCCUCCAGAGCCGGAGCCGGAACCUGAACCCGAACCCGAACCAGAGGCUGUUGCUGAACCGCCUCCACCUCCGACUCCACCUCCUCCACCCCCAGCAAAAGGAAAAGGGCCUCCAGGGAAAGGAAAAAAGAAAUAACAGAGUGGGUUACAAGAUAGAUACUUAUUGCAACUAUCAGGAGUUCAGGAACAUUAUACAUUUAAAAUUAGAAA